GGCUUGAAUGCUGCGUUUGUCUACAUACAAAAACUACAGAUGUGUCUCAUUGGUUGGGUCUCGCCAAUCUCUUCCGUUGGUACCGCCUGUUUAUUUGCGAACCAUUUCCUUCACAGGGAGGAGGGAGGGAUGUGUGCUGAUGUUACCGCUUUGUCACAGUAAUUCCGCAAUGUAGCACACCAAACAGCUGAAAAUGCUAAAAAGCUAACUCGUUGGAGUAAAGCCACACAUCCAGCUCGUGACCACAUGAUGCAUCAGAGGGCCUCGCCACGUUGCCAUGGUGCCGGGAGUUGACGGAACGCUGGCAGAGUCGCCGCGUCAGAUGGAACAGACGGGAGGGAGGUGGCGCACCAGCAGCAGGAUACCAGAGUUCAUCCGGCCCGGAACGGGGAGCCCAAGUGGGGGCACGAGCACUCACAACAGACCCCAAAGGAGGCUGCAAGGUGAUGGGGGGCAGGGGCAUACUCGCUCCACCACCACCAGCCACCGGCUGGCCAAGGAGGCGGACAAGGAGAAGGAGAGGAACGGCAAUGGCAAGAAGAUGGUCACCAUGGCACCAGUGUCCAGGUGCAUGUCAAGCACAGGCCAGUACGUCGCCAGGAGACCACUAGUGUCCACAGAGCGACACACCUCCAUCCUCAAGAAUCCUCUCUCACAAGAACUCACCACGCAGGAUAAAAACCAAACCGGGUCUACUGGGGACUCACUUCUCCAUAACGAGAGGACAUUUCAUUUCAACCAGGGGACUAAAGAUAGCCUGUCCCUGACCUGUCCCAGCCCUUCCAAGUCCUAUGGCCUGUCCCUGUCCCCGUCUCCUUCGAUGUCCCGUGAGGACCUGAGCUUUACCUCUCCUCUCACCACGGCUGACCUGAGGACCUGGUCUGAGGAGCCCAUCCCCAGGUCCAAGUCAUCCCCAGCCAAGAACUACAGCCACAGCCUCAGCCGCCGUAGUCUGUCCAGCCCCCCGCUGGACGACUACAACCUGGAGGUACCUGCGACCCCCAACUUCACCUCCACUCAGCGGAAGUCUUACGUGCCCUCCUCCUCCUCCACCUCCCCAUCUCGGCUUUCCAGAAAGACCACCAAGGCGGACUCACUCCUCCGCGACACCACUUUGAAGCCAAUCGGCAGUACGGUUGUAAGUAAAGUCAGCCCGCCUCCGUUCAGUCGGAUGUCUCCGUACCAGGCCAACUACUGGACAUGUGCCAUCCCCACCUCCCUGCCCCCGUCUCCGGACAGGAGCUCCCCGAGCUGGGACCCCAACAAGGAGUACGAGGACCUCCUGGAUUACACGUACCCACUGAGGCCAGGCUACACGGCUCACGCUGCAGCAUCUGGGCACAAGUGGGCCUCCGCGCCGGGACUAGAUUCCUCAAGGCUCCAGCCGAAGACACCUGAGGUGAUUCUGGAGGACUCUGGCAUCGAAUUGGACCGGUUCUGUAGCUCCUCCACCUUGUCCUGUUUGGAUCAGUCGGCGGGGGUCAGCAGAAGCAGGAGCAAAGGGGGUAACCUUAAUCCUCACUCCAAAAAACUCAACAAGUCAUUGGGACUGCAGGGCUUCAGCUGCAGGGAGCUGUCCCAUUCCAAAUCGUCGGAUGGCCGACUAUCCAGUAGCCUCUAUUCACUCGACCACAUCGGCUUGUCAGAGGAAAGUCUAGAGAGUGACGUGAAAUGUCGGACGCCAGGGCAGCAGGGUAGUAGUCUCCACUACAAGAACCAAGGUGUCUACUCCACCUCACGAAGAUCUCCCACGACCUUCAUCCCGACCUUGAGGGUCAUGCCCCGUCCGGGGUUGCUAGGCGACCUGGACGAGGAGUUCCUGGCCCUGCCCCAGCAGCUCUACGAGAUCCAGGUGUUGUCGCAGCACCUAAAGGAUAUAUCCGGCCAGGUGUGCCAGUUACCCGUCACCUCCAGCUGGGAAUCCCUGGAGAGGGAGAGAGAGAGGGACAACUCCUCCAAUCAGUCCAUAGAGACAGUCACCGCCAUGCAGGAGGACGAGGAGGAAGAGAUGGAAGAGCAGGAGGAGGAAGAGGAAGACAGAGAGGGAUCUGUCUUAGGCGGUCAUCCUCGAAUUGAGGAACCCUCGGAGGGAGUGAGAGUGUUGGAGUCCGCGUUGCACAUGUUGAGCGGGGAGGUGAGCCGAGCCAGUGUGAAGGAAGUGGCCUCCAUUAUGGAUCGGCUGGGUGGAGUUUCUCUGUCGGAGUCAGAGGACCAAACCAAAGAGUCGCUUAUGCACCAUAUUCAGGCAUUUUGUGGGAAUCUCCAAGAGCUCAUUCAGUGGCUUUACACGAUCGUGCACAAAAUGGAAUCCCUCACGCCACCCUCAGUAGAUAUAGAAAGCGUAAAGACCUCCCUGGCAGAUUACAAGAGUUUCCAGCGGGAUGUCCAUGCCCAUCGGCCUCUGACUGGAGCUGUGCUGAACACAGGAGAGAAGUUACUGCGCUGCAUGAACUCCACCUCCCCUGUGUUGAAGGAGACUCUGGGGUUGAUCGAGAGGCAGUCUCAGGCCCUGGAGACCCACGCUGAGCACCUCUUCUCCUCCAUCCUGUCAGCCAUGGACAGCCUGGCAGAGGCCAGCUCCAGAGAGGGCACCGAGUGUUCUGAUUAAGAGGGAAUCGGGAGUCCAGGCGCUGGUUUCCUGUGAGUGCUGUGUGUGCUGCGCUCCGUACCCCUGGUGUGCCCUGCCUUAAGAUAACUCCUCACCUGUCCAUGUGACUUUACUGCUGAGGGUCAGCGACUGUGACAGCCUCCUCAAUGGACUGAACGGACACAUACUGUAGGACAGAGGUUCCCAAACUGAGGGUUGGGACCCCUUGGGGUCGCAGAGGUACCGAAGGGGGGUCACGGACAAAAAGGGACAUUGCAUAAAACAUGGGAAGUCCACAGGUUAAUAGCUAACAUAAUUCCUUAAUUUGGUUAGUAACAGUAUUCACUUGUAUGGUUAAUAGAUAUAUUUGCUGUCCUGUGGAUUUCUAGCAAUAUUAGCGGACAAACUAUUCAUGGGAAAUCUAGCAAUAUUAAUGGACAAAGGAAAUGCCUGGGCAAUAUUCUGAGGUCCAAAAGGGGGUCCCUGUUAAAAAGUUUGGGAACCACUGCAGUAGGGGAUGCAGGUGGCUUGUUUGAAAUGACCAGCUGUCAUACAGUAGUGGCUGACUUGAAACAAUGCAAUGUUUAAUGAUUGAAAUUGUGAAGGUUUUUUUAAAUCCUGUAUGAACAUGUCCAUAUCAUGCCAUGCCCAUCCAUGUGGUAUGGUGACCUACAGAUGUCCACAUAUGGACACUAUUUCAGUUCUGGGGUGCAUUUUUGGAAAGGGUAGUUGUUAGCAGUUAGCGACUUUGGUAGUUGCCAAUGGGAAAUUGCAUUGUAACCAACAAAUUAGCUAACAUAGUUAGCAACUGCACUUUCCAGAAAUGCACCCCUGCAUUGUUUUUAGGCAGCUUCUCAACUGAUCAACCAUUUCAAGCAGACCCAAUAACACACCACUAUGUCACCCACGAGUGUCUGCAAACACACCUUUCAUUUUACAUUUUCAGGUUUUGUCACAUUGUAUUUCUUUUGUAUUAAUAUCGUGUUCUUCAUCCAUAAGUGCUUUUAGAGGUGUUUGUGGUUCACCUGUGUUAAAACAUGCAGUAUGUCAUUGUAAUGGUCACAUGGGUAUUUGACACACUUUUGCCUUCACAGUUUUAUGAAAGCUUUUAUUUUUUUAAGUUAUCAAAUUUUUCUUGUAACUAAUUAUCGUGUUAAGUGGUUCGGCUGCAGACUGUUUCAUUGUUUGGCUCAGAUGCACUCCAAUACCAGAAGUUAGUUUUUACUUCACCAGUUGAAUGCUUGACUGUUGAAAAAAAAAGUCGAACUAUCAUAGUGCUACACCACUACGAUUUUACAUUACAUUAAGACUACAUUAAGACUCGGCCAUUGCCAUGCUUGUAACAACAAAUGUAUAACAGGGGCGUGUCUUUACAUAUUAUAAUGCAGCAUAUGUGCAGUUCCUUGCAGUCUGCAGUGUUGUGUCCAAAUUACUGUAUUCACUUCAUUAAAAUGCAGUAGUGCAUUUAUACUACAGUACAACUGCAGAUAUGGUGUUGAUGCACUCCAGUAGCUUACCACUUGAUUUAGUCCUCCCGAGUGGAUCGUUUGUCAGUAAUGCCUGUCCACAUCAUGGCUGUGAUCUCAGGUUAUUGCCUUAUUAAACAUGAACGAAGAGCACAUCAAGAGAACAGCCUCCUCUAGGCAGCUGGUCAGGUAUUAGUUUUUGACUUCAGUGAAGAUGUACAUAUUACAUAUGUACGAUCACUGGUGUUGAAACUCAAGUUGUAUUCCUGCUCAUCUGAUGUGUAUUAUAGUGUGUAUGGAGUUGUUGGUAACAGUGUUAAUAAUAGCAAUAAUAUCAAGUCUUUUUUUAAUUGACAUGACCCAACCAGUCAUUUCAACUCAUUCUUUUAGUAUAUGGAAACUUUGAGGGAAUCUCACCAACUUUUAUUUCAUAACCCAUCGCACCAUUGAAGGUGCUCUAAAAUGGAUCAUUUUCAAACAAACUACAUUAACAAAUGUUUUAAGUCUCUCCAUUAAAAAAAUAAAUAAAAAUUGGUUAACAUCCAUCCCCCAUAGUACAUGCAUUGUAGGCUUAUGGUAAGACCACACAUUGAAAAGGACAGCAAGCCUUGCAAUAAGAUGGCGAUGGAAUGCAAUGCGAUUCGAUGGCAGCUAGGCACAUCAUUGUGUAUCAUUAUUAUUAACUGGCUGUUUUGAUUUACCAGACCGAACUAUAUGCCAUCUGAGGAGAGGAACCUUAACUUCUUUCACUGAGUGUUGUCACCUUUUAAAAAUAAAUGUUUUGUAAAAUA